AUGGAUAAGAGCAUUAUUUGCAAGCAAGUGUUGGCAGGAGGGGAAGCGAUCGCACACUUGAGACAGAAAGGAUCUGACGGUAUAAAUAAAGCAAGUAGAGACCGUGGUGAUGAUGCCGUCGCAAGUCCUGGUCAAAAGGUACACGUUCAGUGCAGAAAAGACUACUGUGACCAAAAUGUGAUCCGUCAAGACAACAAUGACAAAGCAGCAGUUAGUCCAUGUGCAUUACCGUCGCUGAGAUCCAGGAAUGAACAGUUCAAUUUUAGAGAUCCCUGCUUAUUUUGUGGACAGGAUGCAAAACUAAACGACAAAAAACGAGGAAUAGACGUGUACCCUGUCCGCACUCUCCUGUUUCAAUCAGUGCUACUCGAUAUAUGUAGGCAACGAUCUGAUAUGUGGUCUUCUGAAGUGGAGAAACGAAUCAAUAUGGCGCUGGACUUACCUGCAGCGGAUGCUGUGUACCAUCAAUCCUGCAGUGUAAAUUUCAGACUCCUGCUGAUCCUGAUGAGUUUCAGCUUGUUGCUGUUGUUGGCUCUAUGUCUUUACCUCAUAGUGCUCGGAGGGACGAUUGUACCUGACCUUUACGCUAUCCCUAUGUUUCUAACAAAGCCUCCUUCUAAACCAAUGACUGUGAAACUUGUUACCUAUUACAACAAACCACCCUGGGUAAGUCUGCACGUGUUCGACAGUUGCAAGUACAAGUGUAAGAUGAUUUCGUCAUCAAACUACCACGACAGUGAUGUCGUUGUGUUCCACGCUCCAGGCAUACGCUUGAGCGAACCGCUCAGGAAGCACAAUGGUCAGACAUGGGUCUUCCAUGCAUUGGAACCGCCAUUCUUAAUUCCGCAGUUUCAAAAGUGGAAACGAUUAUUUAAUUGGACAAUGAGCUAUAGAAGAGAUGCUGAUAUAUUUUUUCCAUAUGGUAACUUUACAAAGAGAACGGACUCGGAGGUCAUUGAUGCACCAGAUAUUAUAUGGGAAAAUAAAACCAGAAAUCUUGGUUGGAUUGUUUCACACUGCGGAGUGGCAAGCCAGAGGCUUAAAUAUGGACAAAAACUUCAAAAGAAUAUUGAUGUUGAUAUAUACGGCCGAUGUGGGAAUCUUUUCUGUCCGAGAGGGAAAUGGAAAGAGUGCAUCGGACAAUAUAAAUACUAUUCAUCAUUUGAAAAUUCUCUGUGCAUAGACUACAUAACGGAAAAGAGUUUCCGAGUGUUCAGUCAGAAUAUUGAUUCGAUACCAGUUACUCGUGGAGCUCCUGACUAUUCUAUUUUCCUCCCUCCGGGAUCAUACGUGGACACAAGAAACUUCUCAUCAAUUAGUAAAUUAGGUAUUUUCUUAAAGAAGUUAUCAGACGACAAAGAAUCAUUCAAGUCUUAUUUCAACUGGCGUCGUUAUUACAAGGCUGAAGAGCUUGGCUGUGAACGCAGUUUUUGUGAGCUGUGUAGAAGAUUACACAACCCGUCCGAGAAAUACGAACAUCUGUAUGAGGAUAUUGAUGAGUGGGUACGACAGGACUCGCAACCUAGGCGCUCGUGUAGACCCGUCGUAGACAUAAUAUAA